UGCUCUGUUUUUAGGGCAAGCCUAGGUUUGUGUGAUUCUCGGCUAUGGCACCUCCAGCGCUGAGGCUGCCGCGCCAUUCCUCCGGCGACGACACCAAAUGCAGGCCCGCGCUGCUGCUCAUCGCGGUCUCGGCAUGCGCCGCCAUCGCGACUUACUUCGCGCUGUCGCCACUCUUCCAACCGGAUCAGGGCGCGAUCUCGUCGGAUUCCAGCGACGGCCGCUCCGCCAGGCACCUCGUGGCGAUCCGCGAGGAGAAGGCGGCGUGCUGCCGCGGGAUCGAGCACCAGGAGCUGUGGGGAUCGGUGGUCCAGUGGGGGACGAGCAACAAGGUGAAUUCCUCCGCCGCGUGCUGCCAGGCUUGCAAGGCCGCGCAGUGUAAUUCCUGGGUGUAUUGCGGGGAUCGAGUGAAAUGCGGGCCAAAUUUUGGAGAGUGCUGGCUAAAGAAUCAGGAGGAUCCUCUCUCCCCCGACGUCCAGGAUUCUAGCAAGGACGUCUACUGGACUUCUGGGCUUGUCUAUGCGAAGAAUGUGGGUCUCGUGCAGCUAGAGACCGAAUAUGGAGCGAUCAGGCUCCAGCUUCUUCCAGACUGCGCUCCACUUUCAGUCGCGUUUGUGAUCGAGCUCUUGAAGUUGCGGCACUGCGCAGGUUGCAACAUCUACCGAGCUGAGACCCGCGGGAAUUCAUGGGAUGAGGAAGGAAAUCCCACAGCAAAGAACUUGAGAGGACCUCCUCAUGCUAUUUUACAAGGCACUCUAGAGGCCGAGGGCCUCGGCUUCAAGGAACUCCCCAGAGAAGCUUGUCCGAUGAUCCGCAGGGGUAUGGUAGGAUGGAUCGAAGGAGGCCCCGAUUUUUUCAUCAGCCUCGCAAACCAUGACGAUUGGUACCCGAAACACACAGUUUUUGCCAACGUUCUUCCAGACGACCUUCCUCUAGUUGAGAAGCUCGCGAGCUUGCCAACGUCAAAGACCAUCUGGAGCGGGAUUGAUGUCGCUGUGCUGAAGAAGCCGAUCAGCUUGAAAUUGGCGAGGGCGAGCGUUGCAUCGUCCUGACUCAGUUCUAAUUUUUUUUCCUUGUUCUCCCAUAACAUCACGCUGCUGCUUCCAGAUUCACGGCAGAAGUCGCAGGUUUACUUCCAAACAGGCUGGUGAAUAGUUUUGUAGCCAUAGGUGGUAGUACCAUCGGUUCAGGAACCAUGAAAUUUACCAGUGGCUCAUGGACAGUGUAUCUACACAAAAAAUCAAAGUUUGAGAUGACCAAAGUGAGAAACCAAA